AUGGCAAGCAAGUCACGUUGGGCAGACACAGAAGAAGACGCCGCGCUUGAAGCAAAGAUAAAGCGCGAGAAAGAAGAAAAGAAACGUCUGAAGGCAGAAAAGGCGCGGAAAGCGGCAGAGAAGGCACAAGCCGAAGAAGCAGCCCGCCAACGAACCCUACAAGCACAGCAACAUGAAGAAGAUUUGGAUGCGGAUCGGCCUUCCAAGCGACGGAAACUCACACCCGAACACGACCACGACCCGUUGAAACCUACAUCCCAAUCACAAGGGGGCGACAGCGGAAAGCUCCUGCGCUUCGAAGCCGGUAGCUGGGGACCAGCCCGCAGCGUCGAGAAUUACGACAAACUAAACGACAUAGAAGAAGGCGCUUACGGCUGGGUCGCGCGGGCAAAAGAAAUACAAACGGGCAAGGUAGUCGCCCUCAAGCGGCUCAAGCUCGACGACAGCCCCUCCAACCGUGUGGGCCUGCCCGAAACAGGGCUGCGCGAGAUCCAGAUCCUCAAGGACUGUUCGCACCGCAACAUCGUCUCCCUACACGAAGUAGUCGUCAAUGACGGUGCCUCGGACUCGCGCUCGCGCAAAAUCGAGUCCAUCUUCCUCGUGCUCGAAUUCGUCGAGCACGACCUCAAGAGCAUACUCGAAGACAUGUCAGAGCCCUUCCUCGCAUCCGAGGUCAAAACCCUCCUCCGACAGCUAGGCGAAGGCGUGGCCUACCUACACGACAACUGGAUCCUUCACCGCGACCUCAAAACAUCAAACCUCCUCCUCAAUAACCGCGGCCAGCUCAAGAUCGCGGACUUCGGCAUGGCGCGGUAUGUGGGCGAUCCUGCGCCGCCGAAACUGACCCAGCUUGUCGUCACGCUGUGGUACCGGUCUCCCGAGCUACUUUUAGGGGCCAAAACAUACGGCAAUGCCGUCGACAUGUGGAGCAUAGGCUGCAUAUUCGGCGAGCUGCUUGCACGCGAACCACUCCUCCAGGGCAAAAACGAAGUCGACGAACUAACGCAAAUCUUCGAACUCUGCGGGAUCCCGACCGACGAAUCCUGGCCGUCCUUCCGACGCCUCCCCAAUGCGCGCAGUCUGCGUGUACCCAAAGGCAGCUCCGCGGCCACAGGGAGUGUCAUCCGGGCACGAUUUCCGUUGCUCACGGCGGCGGGGACCGCGCUGCUGAACGGUUUGUUGAGUCUGGAUCCGGAUAAGCGACCGAGUGCGAGGGAGAUGUUGCGUCAUGAGUAUUUUGUACAGGACCCGAAGCCGAAGCACGAGGCUAUGUUCCCGACGUUCCCGUCCAAGGCGGGACAGGAGAGGAGGAGGAGGAGGGAGACGCCGAAUGCGCCCGGUAGGGGCCAGAAGGCGGCUGAGUUGGGGAGUGUGGAUUUCAGUGGAAUAUUUGCGGGGAGGGAGAGGGAGGAGAAGGGGGGCGGGUUUACCUUGAGGAUGCUAUGA